GAUUGUGUUGGUGGUUUGGAGUGCUUGAUAAGUUUAAUCAGGGCCCUUGAUAUGGGGUCCUGCUUAUCAUCAUCUGGUGGAGGAAGUAGGAGAUCUCUUCAGGGUUCUCCUCAUGUUCCUGGACCUGGUAGGAGGAAGAGGCCUCCCAAGAGGAGACCCGGGUCUUGUAGUUCUUCCUUCGAUAACACCGAGGAGCCACUUCUUCAUAGGAUCCCUGGAAGGAUGUUCUUGAAUGGCUCUACCGACACCGUCUCUCUCUUCUCUCAACAGGGCAAGAAAGGACCUAAUCAGGACGCCAUGAUUGUCUGGGAGAAUUUUGGGUCUAUGGCGGACACCGUUUUUUGUGGUGUUUUUGAUGGUCAUGGUCCGUAUGGUCACAUUGUUGCAAAGAGAGUGAGGGAUUUGCUUCCACUCAAGUUAGGUUCUCACUUGGAGUCAUAUGUGUCCCCUGAGGAGGUUCUUAAAGAGAUCAGCCUCAACACUGGUGAUAGAAAGAUCUCAGAAGACCUUGUACAUAUAUCUGCCAAUGGAGAAUCACGAGUCUACAAUAAGGAUUACGUAAAGGAUCAGGAUAUGAUUCAAAACUUAAUAGGCUCGAUUAUUAAAGCCUACAGAUUUAUGGAUAAGGAGUUGAAGAUGCAAGUGGAUGUUGAUUGUUUUUGCAGUGGAACAACUGCAGUUACUAUGGUCAAGCAGGGUCAACAUCUUGUUAUCGGUAAUAUUGGGGAUUCAAGAGCAGUAUUGGGUAUGAGGAACAAAGACAAUAAACUUGUUCCUUUUCAAUUAACUGAAGAUCUCAAACCAGAUGUUCCAGCGGAAGCAGAAAGGAUAAAGAGAUGCAGAGGACGUAUAUUUGCUCUUCGAGAUGAACCAGGAGUUGCCCGUCUGUGGCUUCCUAACCACAACUCACCUGGUUUAGCCAUGGCACGUGCUUUUGGUGAUUUUUGCCUCAAAGACUUCGGUCUCAUUUCUGUACCUGAUGUGUCCUACCGACGCCUCUCUGAGCAGGAUGAAUUUGUUGUCUUGGCAACUGAUGGGAUUUGGGAUGUAUUGACGAAUGAAGAGGUAGUAGAGAUAGUAGCCAAAGCCCCAACACGUUCCUCAGCAGGUCGAGCAUUGGUGGAGGCUGCAGUGCGGAAUUGGAGAUGGAAGUUCCCAACUUCAAAAGUCGAUGACUGUGCCGUAGUUUGCCUCUUCCUUGACUCCGAACCGAACAGAUUGUCAACUGCUUCUUUCUCAAAGGAAAAACACAUCAACAAUGGUGUUACUGAACCGGAAGCAGACACAGCAUCAUCAUCAUCUCCAGACUCAGGAACCGAAUCGCCUGAGCUCAAUGGAGUCAACAGAAUCGACACACUUGUGAAUCUCCCAGUAUAUGUCCCGACCAAAGAGUAGGAAGAUAUAACAGAUGCAGGAGCUCAUUGUCUCCUAUGCUCAAUGUUUCUGUCAACAGUUACUGUUUUGGUCAUUUACCUCGGGUAAAUUACUGUUACACGCCCGCUUGUGUGUGGCUGAUUGUAUAUAUCUUCUCUUCCAAAUCAUUGUAAUACCUUUGCUACUAUCUCUCUCUUUUCUUUUGUUAAUAAAUUUCUGAUGCUGCA